UUCUCUCCUGAAGGCGGCAGAAUUGCUACUGUAUCUCACAUAGCUCCAGAUGAGCAGAUGUUGCGAAUUUGGGAUGUGAAGACGGGAAAACCAGCAGCGGUCAGCCCUAUCACUGGCCAUACGGGUGGACUGCUGUCUGUGGCAUGGUUCCCCAAUGGAAAACGUCUGGUCACUGCAUCGCUCGAUAGAACAAUCCGCCUCUGGAUCUCGGAGACCGGUUGCCAAGUGGGACAUUCACUUGGUGGCGAUGCGGCCUGGAUGGCUAACUAUGUCGCUGUCUCUUCUGACGGGAAGCUCAUUGUUGCUCUUUGCGGAGAUAACUCUAUCCGACUCUGGAAUGCUAUUACGCUUGAUCAGAUUAAACUCGUGCUCCAUCAUGUUGAGCCAGUGCUCUGCGUGGCUAUUUCUGCUGAUAUCCGUUUUAUCGUUGGUGGUUGUGGCGACAAGAAAGUGUGUCUGUGGAACAUCGAAAACAUCACUCAGCAUGAACGCAACUCAAGGCCAUUGCCGACUCUUGGGCCGGAGAAUCAACAAGACUUGGCACUCGAUUCGUCGCACCCUGAAUCAGUCUCCAAUGGACCUCGUGUACCCAGAGGUACAGAGUAGUCCCGAACACACCGUAUCACAGGCUGUAAUCAUAUCCCAUGGGCCACUCCCUCUGAAGACUCCUACGACAGUCAAAGAAGAUGCAGAUCCUGUAGCUUCUCCCGCUGACCACAGCUAUUUCCGAAAGUGGUGGAGACAGCCCCUCGACUUCUGGAAUACUAGAAAGCGAUUGUCCUCUCCACAGAGAAUUACUGAAAUUGAGCCGCACUCUGACCAGACAGAAAAUAUAAGCACAACCCAAGGCCCGAGUCCUGCUCAGGAUGUUCUGGACGAGUUCAACCGCUAUGUCAUGAAUGAUAUUCCAAUUCGUCUGAUCUACCUUCCAACAAUGGAACUUGUCGGGCGAAACUUCGUGAAGACUCAUUUCCAGGAUCGCAUCAAUGAGAUUACUGAAGAUUCGAUAGCCGAAAGUCAAGCACGCUUCAAGCCGCCGUUGGCGAGAGAAAGAGUUAUCCCGACUCUUGUCCGGGGCAAAGUCGAAUAUGCCAUUCUCUCCCAUCGGUGGCUAGAUACGGGAGAGCCUUCAUACCAAGACAUGAUGGAGAAGAAGCUGUUUGGCCCUUUGAAUGUCAGACAUUCGUUGUCCAACAUAACGUCUCGGCUGAAGGAAGGCUGUCAUGCAUUGCAUAUCUCACGAAGUCCCGGUGAGAACGAAGUGCAAAGUCUUGGCUACAAAAAAUUGCAAAAGUGUUGCGAAGAGGCCAGACGUCUUGACCUGCAUUUUCUGUGGUCAGACACAUGCUGCAUUGACAAGAAUAGCAGUGCAGAGCUUGACGAGUCGAUCCGGUCGAUGUUCCGGUGGUACCGGAAUUCGUCCAUCUGCAUCACGUAUCUUGGGGGGACAACUGUCAUUGAAGACCUGAGAUUAGAGGAGUGGUUCAUGAGAGGAUGGACUUUACAAGAACUUCUGGCGCCCAGGAAGAUAAAAUUCUUCAACAAGGAUUGGCAGCGGCUGACCGAGCAAGACGACGACAAGGAAGAAGAUACCCCCUUCAUGACAGUCCUGCAAGAAGUUACUGGAAUUCCUGAAACAGAGCUCAUCGAUUUCGAGUCCGUUCCUCGGUAUAUUGAUAAGCGGAUGACUUGGGCUGCCCAGCGAAAAACUACGCGGGCAGAGGACGUUGCUUAUUCACUCAUGGGGAUAUUUGACGUCAGCCUGCAAAUCGCAUACGGAGAAGGUGGAGAGCGUGCAUUCGGGAGGCUUGUUGAAGCCAUCAUGCAAGCUGGCGGGGAUUCGUCAGUACUCAAUUGGGCAGGAGAGCCAGCCAAACAUCAUGCAUCAUUUGCUCUUCCCGCAUCGCCAGCUAGUUUUGUGGGACAUCCCGAUAUUGUCACGAUAGGUCGACUUGACCUGAUGUUGACCAGCAGGGGAUUGCGUAUUCCGUUGGUCAUUCUACCGCUUGAUAUGACUAGACCCGAAUUUGAUGGCCGGCCCAUCGAAAAUCCCAAAUUUUACUGUCCACACCAUGGUAUUGGUGAGGUUAGGAUCGACUCCAGAGGUUACAAGUUCGGUGCAAUAUUCAGACAGUACGCAUUGGGCAUAUUCCACUAUAUUCCCGCAGAAGACUCGGCGAACCCAGGUCUUCCUAAACAAGUGGCAGCUUAUCUGCUGGAAAGAAGUGAGGUGGUGGCACAGGAAACUCCCUUGGUUGGACUGUCACGACAGUAUUGCUCUUUCGAGGAUGGGUGGAGAAGGGUACCCACCGGAUUCAUUUAUUUGGAACUUCCCGGUGUACCAGAUUUUGCUUCUUUGUGGUACGUUAGUCGUGGCUGUCUGGAAACUGUCUACUUGUAGGACUUUUGCCGCAAUGGAAGCACUAUUCAGAACGUUAUAUCUAGCUCGAGCUUAGCUGUAUGUGCAUGGUACUGUUCUAUGCCUGACUCGGAACCCCUUCUAACUCGAGAUCCAUAAACUUGGACUUUCGUCUAUUAAAUAUUAUAUAUGCUCAAGAUUUCGUAUAUAAGUCAAAGAGAUAGGUCAUCGAAAGCUUAAGAAUGCUGU